AUGAGGAAACUUUUCGGGAUGCACAUAUUGAUUGGAGUGAUGUCUCUGCCUCAUGUACGACUCUACUGGGACCGUCUGAUGCGAGUACCAAUGAUCAGCGAAACAAUGAGCGAGAAGAGAUUCUUCAAACUAAGGAACAACCUUCAUGCUACAGUUGAUGAACCCAGCGACUGCCAAGACCGACUUUGGAAAGUGCGGCCUCUUUUGGACCAGAUCAGAGCCCGCUGCUUGGAGCUGCAGCUGGAAGAAGAAUGCUCAAUCGACGAGCAAAUGAUACCAUUCAAAGGUAACUUAUCGAUCAAGCAGUACGUGAAAGGGAAGCCGACACCAUGGGGCAUCAAGGUAUUUGCACUGUGUGGAAGGAGUGGCAUGCUCUACGAUUUCAUUGUUUACCAGGGAGAAAAUACCAUUCCAAACAGUCUCAAGAAGGACUAUGGCCUUUGCUCAGGUGUGGUGCUCCAUCUUGCAAAGCGAAUCCCAACCGGCUGCAACUAUCAGCUGUAUUUUGACAAUUACUUCACAUCACUUCCACUGCUACGUCAACUAAAAAGAGACAAGAUCUUAGCUGCAGGAACUGCAAGAACCAACAGGCUCUGCAAGUGCCCACUUGCACCUGCGCAGAUCACAAAGAAAAAACCCAGAGGAUACUCUGAAGAGUUCGUCACGCAAGACAAUAUUGUUGUCGUGUGUUGGAAAGACAACAACACAGUUACAGUGGCGUCAAACUUCGUUGGUGUGGGGACGACAAGUCAGGUGGAGAGAUGGGACAAGAAGACCCGUGAGCAUGUUUCUGUCACCCAGCCUGAAGUCAUUGCCAAAUAUAACAAGAGCAUGGGUGGUGUUGAUAAGCUAGAUUUCCUUCUCAGCUUGUACCGAACCAAGAUCAGGUAA